AUGGCAGGCCGCAAGAAACGCCCAAUCGAAGCAAAGCAGCACCGCCCGUCCAAGAAACAAAAGAGGCAACAGCAAUACAACAGCGAUCCCAGCAGCGACGAGGACGAGGAGCAGAGUUUUGCCGCCGUCAACUUGCUCGACUCGGACGACGACGUUCACAAUGCCACGGCGGACGAUGCAGCUGUGUCAGGGGACGAGGACACCUUGUCGAGUUCCGAUGAGGAGCAGCCGGCCCCCAAAAGGCCCAGAGAGUCGAGGUCAAAGUCACAACAUGACGCAAAAGCACCCGAAGCUGCUGCCGUGUCUGAUGAUGACGAGGAGGAUGGUGAGGAGUCGGACGUAGACGGGUCUGACGGCGACUCGGACUCUGCUGGGCGCAGCAAACGCAAGUCCAAAAGAAACGACCCCAGCGCAUUCGCCACGUCAAUGUCCAAAAUCCUGUCCACCAAGCUGUCCACCUCGAAACGCGCCGACCCCGUCCUGUCUAGGAGCGCCGUCGCGCAUGACGCUUCCGUCGCAGCCGUCGAGAGCGCUCUGGAAACAAAGGCGAGGCGACAGCUGAGGGAGCAGAAACGGAAGGCCGCGGAAAAGGGCCGUGUCAAGGAUGUGCUGAUCGCCUCUCGGGACGAAAUCACCGGCGAGGCUGAGUCGUCAACGGCGGAUAUUUUGGAAACCGAGAGGCGGUUGCGCAAGGUUGCGCAACGGGGCGUGGUUAAGCUGUUCAAUGCCGUGCGGGCAGCGCAGGUCAAGGCUGUUGAGGCGGAGAAGGAUGCACGGAAAGAGGGGGUAAUUGGGGCGAAAAAUCGCGAGACAAAAGUCAACGAGAUGAGCAAGAAGGGUUUCCUGGAUUUGAUUGCCUCGGGAGGAGGGGGCUUGAAAAAGGGCGGCUUGGAGGAAGCCUGA